GCUGGACCGAGCCGAGCCGGGCCCGGCCGGGGGAAGGGCAGUGGGGUUGGGAUGACGGAGCUGGAGCAGAAGGAGCAAGUCGGACAGAAUGAGGAACGCUGACGUAAUGUACCAUGGAUGAUACUCACAUCGAACAAUGUUCACGUCGAAACAAUCCACCAUUACAAUGGCAACAGAGACAGAAAAUGCACGAGCACUACUUAAAACAUUCAGCACCGCAUCGAUCAUCUCGAGCAUAGGCCUAGGAAUUUUCUGCUUCAUAUCAGAUCAGUGUUUACAGUUUUCUUUAAUACAGAACAGCUACUGGCUUAGGGCUCUUUUAGACAAUGCAAUACAUGGUGUCAUUGGCCUGUGGUCUUGGGCCAUUGUGAUUGGAUUGAGAAAGAAGAGUGAUUUUUAUGAAGUAAUUCUAGCCGGGCUUCUAUCUUCUAUCAUUGAUGUUGAUCACUUUCUUGCAGCUGGAUCCAUGUCCCUCAAGGCUGCGUUGCAUCUUCCACAAAGGCCUGCACUGCACUGUUCCACAGUGAUACCUGUAGUGGCUUUUUCAAUGAAACUUGCUAUGUGGAUAUUUAGACUUAAAGAUUCUUGGUGUUUUCUGCCAUGGAUGGUGACCAUUUCUUGGGUUUCUCAUCAUGUCCGUGAUGGUGUCCGACAUGGACUUUGGUUCUGUCCCUUUGGAAAUACAGCUCCUGUGCCAUAUUGGACCUACAUAGCGAUUACAGCAUCGUUCCCUCACCUUUGCUCAGUUCUUAUGUAUGUGACUGGUACUAGAGAAACAAUGUCCAUGUCCCAUGGAAUUGCAAUUGAUGUAUAACACUGUAUAUGUACUGUAUGUUGUGAUUUUCUGUCUAAGAUGAAGCUCACCACACUGAACUGGACGUAUUUGCAUCUACCAACUACUUUUUGUGAAACUGCUUGUGUAUCAGCAAUAUGCUGUAUGUAACAUUUUAAAACAUAGCCUCAUUCUCUGAUAAACAAAGCUGCUGUGUGUAACAUGUAUUUGUUUUUCAGGGAACAGUUAGUGUUUUAAAUUUCUAUUUCCCCACAGUUCCUGCUGUAGACAUGAUCAAUGGUUCACAUAAAACUAUGUAAUCUUUUCAGUUGAUUGAAGUGUAAAUGUAUUGUGAUUAAAGGCUAAAGUGAGGUAAAAUUUUAUUAUUUGUAAUUAAAGACAUUCACAAUUUGGUUGUGUUGGUGUUGAAGUGUGUUUGCUGAAAAUAGAUGCACAUUUGUGAUAGCAUUGAACCAUCUAUGUCCCAUAUAGCAAAAGCAGUGAUGUAGUAAUUUAUGAUUAACAAUUGAUAUUCUGUAAACAGAGUGAGCAUCUUUGUUUAUGGUUAUUGGAACUUGUUAUAAUUUCAAAUUAAAAUUAACUUGGUGUUUUCA